CUCAACAAAAUUUCAAAAUGUCGAACCAUCCGCUCCUCCUCCUCUUCCAGUAACUGUGCCCUCCUUCCCAUGGCGACUUCUACUCUCAAUUCAGGGACCAAGCGAACGACGCCACUGGCUAAAUCUUCCGAGAGUGGCGACGACUCGUCCUCUUACUCCACACGGAGGUCUAUCCCCAGGAGGCAUCGGAGCUUGAGCCGUUUCUCUCACCGCAUAUCCGAUCCAGACCCCGAAGUGACUCCCAUGAGAAAGGGGAAGUUCGUAAACACCGUAAGAGGCUCUGGAUUCGGUGAAAUUAGCCUCGAUGACUUAGCCGUCGAGUUUUUCGAAUCGUUCUCCGGGGAUAGCGGGGUUAGCAGCGGAGAAAGAGGACGAUCUGGCUCGAGAAAGUCCGGCGGCGGCGUCGGCGGUGGCGGAGAAGGAGAGGUGACAAGUUCGCAGAGGCGUGGUCGGUCUGUAUCUAGGGUUGGUUCUGGUAGUAAUGGUGGCUUACGGAGGUUGGAUGCGGAUACUGAAAGCUCGAGACGGCGGAGGUCGUUGUCUAGAAAGCCGUCGACGAGAGAAAUUACCGGUAAGAGCGGUGGAUUAGAUCUCGGAAGUAACAGUUCGAGCCGGCGAAGGUCGGUGUCUAGACAGCCGCGGGAGAGGGUUAAUUCCGGCGAGAACAGUGGUGAUGCAAUUAGGGGUAGAACAAUUGGGGCAGAUCGUGAAAACGCGAAUUCACGGCGGCGACGCUCGCUUUCUGUUGUCCGUCGCCGGAUUGACAAUUCCGAGAGUGAUGUAGAUCAAGUUCGGUAUUCAAGCAAUUCAAGGGAUGAGAAGAGUUUCAUGAGUGGCAAGAGUGAAAAUGGUGGGUCUCAUAAACUUGCUGCUUCAGAUCAUAGACAAGGUCUUAGGAGGUCUCUUAGCCAAAAUCCAGUCAAAUACCAUGAUGGCUACUCUAGCCAUUCUUCUGCAGUCACAGAUGAUGAAGGAAAGGAUUCCAGCUCGAGUAAGCAUGGGACUGAGAGGAUAAUUCGAACAGUCUAUGCCCAAAAUAAGGCAACACCAAAGAAAAGAGAAUCUUUGGGGAACUCUGAUUAUGGUUCCCAGCGGAAAUCCCAUGAUGAUCACCAUGCUAUCUCCACAUUUACUAAAGGUUAUGCAACAAAAUUGCAAGAGUCUGAGGAGCGCAAGCGAGAUUUGCUGGCUGAGAUUAUGUUGGAGCAGCAACGUAGUAGAGAGCACUCUAUGAACUUGAAAGAGUUACUGGCUGAAAAUAGUUCUGAAGCUGAUGAAAAGCCGUCGCGGACACGAAAGAGGAGCAAGGACCGGAGCAGUAGGAUGUCCAUGUGUUUGACUGAUGAAGCAGAGCAAUUCAUUGACGAAUUCAUCUCAAACAUAGAAGACACAGACUUUUCAUCAUUCGAGGAUGAGAGGAGCGAAAGCAGUUCAAGUUUCGGGUUAACGAAAACACAAAGCACUCAAAGCACAACUGUCCCGAAGAGUGUUCCCGUUGAAAUGGACGGUCUUAUCCUUCCUUGGUUGCAAUGGGAAACUCCAGACGACACUUCUUCUGCUUCACUGAUAUGCCUAAACAAGUCGCCACACACGCCAAACGCAAAACCUAACAUCUGGGAAUCUGAUUCAACUCAGGAUGCAUCGAGUGUGCAAGGGACGAGCAUUGGUACCAUCAGUAGCAGAGGAAGCUGGAGUCCAUAUGAGUCAGCUGCAAAGCCUGUGAGUCCCAUAAGAAGGCUUAAGAUAGAUGUGGCUGAGUAUCUGAAACGACCUAACAGUGCGGAUAUUCUAAAUGAAACGUGGAAGCUAAGGCACAGAAUCAGUUCGGGGAGUCUUGUGUUAUCUAGCCGCUCAUUGAUCUAAAUGCUUCGUGACCAUAAGUAUUUCUAGGUUUUUUUAAAUGUUUGGUUCAGUCGUUGGCCAAAAAGAGUCAAAGACAUGUUUUGUAUAGUUUACUUUAUGGUCUUUGUUCAGGUCUGGGUCCUCUGACUAGUUAAGCGUCUUAACGGAAAAUAUGCACAGAUUUAUUACAAUAUUUUGAAUGACAUGUCUAGUUA